ACUCUUCCUUUCUCUAGAGUCCCUCUUCACCCCAACUGCAGCCACUGUUUUGCUCUCGUUUCAAUGGCUACAGACAACAAAUCAAAGCAAAAAACGAAGAGUAACAACAAGAAUAGGCAACGAUAUCGUCCAAACAAUAAAUCAGUGAAGAAAGGUGGAUACCCUUUACGUCCAGGAGUUCAAGGGUUUUAUAUAACAUGUGAUGGUGGAAGGGAGCGACAAGCCUCUCAAGAAGCUGUUAAUGUUAUCGACUCUUUUUAUGAAGAGCUGAUGCAGGGAACAAAUUCAAACUUAGGACAGGUAGAAUUAUCAGAAAAACCUGUAAACAAAAAGACUGUUUUCAAAUAUUCUGAUUCUUCUAGUAGUGAUGAUGAAGAUGGAGAAAAUGGGAAUGACGAGGACCAGACCAAGGAGGAGACUUCAAAAAUUGAGCAACAUCAAGAGAAAAUUGAUGAUGAGAUUGACAGCUUAAAAACUGGUGAAUCCGGGCCUGAAAACAAGGAUAACACCUCUACUGAUGAACUAAUACAAGAAAAUACUGAGAAUAAGGAGGAGCUAGAGAAUACUCUUGAACAGAAAGAUAUUGAAGUAGGGGAGCCACCUGCAAAGAAACAAUGUGUGGAAAAAGAAGCAGCAGAAGCUGGAAAUAUUGCAUUUGGUAAGACAGAGGAGAAAUCUAUUGAUAGACUAAUUGAUGCUGAGCUUGCUGAGUUGGGAGACAAAAACAAGAGGCGUUUUAGCUACCUAGACUCAGGUUGCAAUGGUGUUGUGUUUGUUCACAUGAGCAAGAAAGAUGGAGAUCCCAACCCUAAGGAAAUCGUUCAACAUAUGCUGUCCUCACUUGCCUUCACAAAGAAACAUGUAUCAAGGUUCAUAUUGCGAGUGUUACCAGUUGAAGUAACAUGUUAUGCAUCAGAGGAGGAAAUUGGAAAAGCAAUAACACCUCUCAUUACAAAAUACCUACCUGCUGAAAGCGACACUCCAAAGAAGUUUGCAGUGCUUUAUGAAUCCCGAGCAAAUACUGGAAUCAAUAAGAUGAAAAUCAUUGAUGCUGUGGCUAAAUCUGUUCCUUCACCUCACAAAGUUGAUCUUAGCAAUCCUGAAAUAAACAUAGUGGUUCAAAUAGUCAAGACUGUCUGCUUGCUUGGAGUUGUUGAAAAGUACAAGGAGUUGUCCAAAUAUAACUUGAGGCAGCUUACCUCUAAAAACUAAUCUACCGAGACAUCAUACAGAGUUCAGUUAAAGCAUCGGGAUCGAAGAGAACUCUGCUCGAUGCUUUAAGAUCUGCUAUGUCUGAUAUAGUUUUUAAACUCCUUAGAGAACCCUCUGAAGGUGGUUUUCAAUGAUCAUGUUUUAGGCUAGGUUUAUAUAAUGUUUUAGGUUAGUUUUAAAUUUUACUGGAAACUUUAUGUUAAAGAUUUGAUCAUGCUUUCAGCUCAACUUCUUGCAGUAAUUAACACAGUUUAACUU